UCAUUGGCCGUGCGGAGGAGUGACGUCACCCGUGCGCCCGCUAGAGGAAGAGACAGCGGUGGUGUCGAAGGGGCCAUAAUAAUAAUAAUAAUAAUUAUUAUUAUUAUUAGUUUAAACCCUCCUCCUCCUCCUCUUUUAAUAGCAGACCGUUGUUUAAAUAUAGGAUUAUUAUUUUUUACAGUUUAUAUGCUUUAUGUUAUAAAGGAGAAAGUACCGCGCGUGGUAGUUUAAUCGGCAGGAAGAUGUCGGCUCAGGCUCAGAUGAGAGCUCUGCUCGACCAGUUAAUGGGAACAGCGAGGGACGGUUCAGUGUAUCUUUGCCAGCCUACAUCAAUCUGCACGGGAGUUGCAGAAAAGCCUCAUGUUCAUCGAGCCGUUUGGUCAAGAAAAGCUUUUUAAUCUUUAAUAAGGCCACCGAAGGGCUGGAGCUCCAGGCGGGUACAGUAUGGGAGAGAGAGAGAAAGAGAGAGAAAGAGCGAGAGAGCGCUCGCAGUGUGUAUAAAACUAACACUUUACUCUGAGUUCAUGCUCUUAUUUUCAUGUUUGAUUUGGUUUUGUGUAUUUUCUUUUUUUUUUUUUUUCUUCCCUCACCAUGUUGUUAUUCACUGAAGGAGUGGAAGCUGAUAAUCAUCUGUGCAAUACGUUACGAUGUUUAACACGCACAACAAGUUCAUCACGAACAUCUCCCUUGUGUGUGUGUGUGUGUGUGUGUGUGUGUGUGUGUGUGUGUGUGUGUGCACCUAAAAACGUAAAUAACGACAACAUAAAACAUUAGGUUACUGUCUUUAUUAAAAAUAUUAGCUAGUAAUCACAUUAAAAAAAUUAUUUAGCAUACUCCGUUUACAUCUUAAUUUUCCAGAUUAUUUUAUUUAUUUUUUUUAGUAGUAAUUAUUUUUGAACGUCAGAGUUCAUCUGUGUGUCUGGCAUUAAAUCAUACAACGUUUUACUUGUUGCCGUGGUAACCUGUCGGCCAGCUCCAGCCUGCCCUCUAGUGGACGGAGCUUUAAAGUGUACUAAAGCUACGUAGGGGUGUGUGUGUGGAAAGCCAGUCCUAAUACAGCUUUUUAAACAGGACAGGUUUUAUUUCCACACGUUCUAGGAAGCUUGCGCAGAUUCCUUUAGACAUACUUAGUGUUUUAAAGCGUCCGUGGUAACGGUGUUGUGUGUGUUAAAUAUCACUGUUUGCCAUUUUGAGCCCAGAGGGAAUGUUAUACAUAAACAAUACACAUCCACUGCCCCAAGUUAAACACACCACUCUGCCUGUGUGUGUGUGUGUAUGUGUGUGUGUGUAGCUCAGAUCCAUGAUCAGGCUGUCCUCACUUCAGAUAAAUAUAUAUAUUUUCGAACCAUAUCUCAUCGAGGGCUCUCUGUGAAGACGUUCAUUUUGAAAAUUAUGCCCCGUUUACUCAACUGUAAAUUCCCAUCAUCCCCUCUGCUGUGAGGCCCCGCCCCUUUCCCCAACCAGGUUUAGCAGUGUGUGAUGGUGUGAGUGUGUGAGAGGCGUGUUCAGGUGUGCGUGUGUGUUUUCGCUCAUUGCGUGUGCGUGUUGCUGUUGCAGGAGACGAGUCUCGGCAGCGGGUGAAGUUCACGGACGAGCGAGUGUGUAAGUCUCACCUGCUGAACUGCUGUCCACAUGACAUCCUGUCCGGCACGCGUAUGGACCUGGGCGAGUGCUCCAAGAUCCAUGACCUGGCUCUGAGGGCCGACUACGAGAUUGCCUCUAAAGAGAGAGAUCUGUUCUUCGAGCUGGACGCCGUGGAUCAUCUGGAGUCGUUCAUCGCCGACUGCGAUCGCAGAACCGAGCUGGCGAAGAAACGCCUCGCCGAAACGCAGGAGGAGAUCAGCGCUGAGGUCGCUGCCAAGGCGGAGAAGGUGCACGAGCUGAAUGAGGAGAUCGGGAAGCUGUUGGCGAAGGCAGAGCAGCUCGGUGCUGAGGGAAAUGUGGAUGAAGCUCAGAAGGUUCUACAGGAAGUGGAGAAAGUGCGCACUAAGAAGAAGGAAGCUGAGGAAGAAUACAGGAACUCGAUGCCUGCCUCCAGUUUCCAGCAGCAGAAGCUCCGUGUGUGUGAGGUGUGCUCCGCCUAUCUGGGUCUCCAUGACAACGACCGUCGCCUCGCCGACCAUUUCGGUGGAAAACUGCACCUGGGGUUCAUCCAGAUCAGAGAAAAGCUGGAGCAGCUGAAGAAAACGGUCCUGGAUAAGCAGGAGCGGCGAAACCAGGAGAGACUGAAGCGGAGAGAGGAGAGAGAGCGUGAAGAGAGGAUGAGGAGGAGGACCAGAUCACGCAGCCGGGAGCGCAGGAGGUCUCGUUCUCGUGAUCGCGAGCGUGAGCGAGAGAGGAGACGGCGGAGAUCUCGCUCGUCCUCCAGGGAGAGACGCAGGUCAAGAUCUCGAUCCAGAGACAGAGAGAGACGCCGGAGACACCGAUCACGCUCCAGAUCUCACUCGCACACUCGCAGAGAACCCUCGCACAGGUACACACACUCGCGCAGAGAACCCUCGCACAGGUACACACACUCGCGCAGAGAACCCUCGCACAGGUACACACACGCACUCGCACAGGUACACACACUCGCACAGAGAACACUCGCACAGGUACACACUCGCAGAGAACCCUCGCACAGGUCAUCACGGGACCGUCUUAACGGGAGGGCGGAGUCUCGUCGCUCCGGAGACAGAGAGUCCGGAGAGCUCUGAGGGCCGUCACCCACCACCCCCUCUGGCACAGUUACCAUGGGAACUACUGUGUGUCACUCGGCUAUGCGUACAUCCUCUACCCUCUAACCCUCCCUCCCCGACCCCUGACCCCUCCUUCGGCUUUUACGUUUCGUUUUUAUUUACAGAUACACAGAUACACAGACGAGUGCAGUGUCGCGUCGCGUCACUGCUCUUUAUUCCCGCAGCCCUGUCAGUGGGAGCGAGCAGCACUGCCUUACGCCAUGUUCCCUGUGCCCCAGUGCAUUAUGGUCUUUGUAGUGUUUACACUCUGUUUGGGGGAGAAAAAUGGACUGAAUUCGACCUGUUAGGCGAGGUGUAGUGUCCACUUGUACUGCUAGACUGUGUGUGUGUGUGUGUGUGUGUGUGUGUGUGUGUUAGCAUGAUUUUCCCCAGACAGACGAUGGAGAUGAACUCCCCCACACUCCUGCAGGAGCAGAAGGUUAGAGAUCAGUGUCAUGACCUGAAUAAUAUAGGACUCAAUAUAACCAUGUAUAAUUCUUCUCCUUAUUCCGCUUCCUGUUCUUUUAUAAACCCUCUCUGAUCCGUCUCAUCCCUCUCUAAUGCAUUAUUAAAUGGAUUUUAUUGGAUCAACACCA